GGAGUUUCGAUGUAUCCAUUGGAUUUAUCUAUUAAGAAUUGCACAUGGAGAUGGCCGAUCAAGAAUAUUCAGACUUGUAUACAUGUUUAGUAAAGGGGUGAUUCUAGUGAAUUGUGGUGUCAUACUGUUUUCUUGGGAUCUAACACUAACCAAAACUUCCAGUAAUGCCAUCCCCGACUCCGCCCUCCUCCACACGGCUCGGUUACUCCUCACGUUGCCGUCACAGUCUGAACAGUGCGUUAUGUGAAUGGGAUCCGGGUUUUCUGGACAGGACACCGCAAAGCCUACGGAGAUGAUCACACUUUUAAAAAUGUUCGGGUUAUUAUGGAUUGCUCCCUUGGUUCAAUGUCAAACGGGAUGACCUAUAUCUCUGUCUCUUUUUCGUCUCCUGCUCUGGUAGUUGGACAAUCAAAUUGAUCAAUUCCAUUAAAGCCAGGGUUCAACCCUUUCCAGUCCCUCCACAGUACAGCUCCCGCCGCUAGCCAACGUGUCGCUGUCCUGGGUGACGGACUUCUGUUAUAAGCUGUCGUGGACCCCCCCGGUGGAGAACCAGCCCUGCGAGUAUGAAGUGGCUGAAACGAAUACACCCAAAGUACGCCUGAGGGACACCCUGAGGUACAGGUACGUCGCCAUGGAGGGGGGGCUGCUGGAGUUGAACCUGUCUGCCCAUUGUGGGGACCGGACAAGUGCGCCAGUGUCCACCAACCUGACCUUCCCAGAGCUAGUCAAGGACUUCAAGUGCGCUCUUCACUCCAGAACCUCCCUUAACUGCACCUGGCGGCCUGCCCAGCAAGUAGCGGACGUCCACUUGUACUACUGGACAGGGGAUAGAUUCGGGUCCGCAGCCUCCGAACCAAAGGAAAACUGUGCCACGACCUUUGACCUAGUGGAGUGUCCCGUGUACCAAACCGACGCCAACGGCAGCAGGACGGGCUGCGUCCUGCACAACGACCUGCCUUGUGAAACCUUUGGGAAUAGUCCUACUCAGCCUACUCAGUAUGGCUUUAGCUGCCGCUUUGUCAGGUUCCUGUUCAACAACACCGUCGACGGCACCCUGGCCAGGAACACCUUUGAGAAAACUCCGUCAGAACACAUGCAACCUCCUGCCGUAAACUGGACCGGAGAAGAGGACUAUGAGCACAACAAACUCACCAUAAGAUUGGCGCCCGUAGACCUACCAGGUGCCUGGGAUUACAUUCUGGACUACACGAAGUGUGGGAAGAGAGUGAACAAGACUAUGUCUCAUGUAAGCGACCACAUAGUUCUGCUGUUGGAUCACUGUGCCUUUAACAUCACCAUGAAGGCCAAGGACCGUGAAGGGCAUGGAGAGAGCCUCCCAGGGCCAUACAGAGUGUACGGUAAAAACACAAACCCAGACACGGCGCUGAUCUUGGCCUGCACCCUCAUUCCAGGGGCGGUGGUUGUAAUCGUGGUGAUGGCCUUUGUUUGUUUCAGGAGGCACAGCGAGAGCAUCUUCCCGCAGGUUCCAGCGCCUCAGGACUUCCUCCCGGACAUGCUGAAGAACAACAACGAUAAGAUUCACAAGGCGAUUUAUGUUCCUGCGCCAGAAGAGGAGCCACAAAACGUCAGGUUUGACACCAGGCCUGAAUCCAGAUCAGACAUGUCGUCAUGACGGACAAAGCGCCAAGUUGUCUGCGAAAAAGGCCGUCUGCCCGGAAGCAGCUAAUUUUAGAGCUAUAUAAUAAAAAGGGGAACAAAAGUCAAAGCAGCAGUUGAGAACAGAGUUGACAUCACGCACAGAGGAUGUCACCUCUGUGCGUAACAUUUGGUGCUGCGUGAGCAGGCAAAUCACUUUUUUUUUGUAUCGUAUUUAUUAAAUAGACCUCUGAAGAAUAAGCAAGUCCUCCGAGGCUCCUGGUUCUUUGGGUUUUGGAUUGUCGGUGCCGUUAAGGUAGUCACCGAUUAUCAAUGCUACUUUAACGGCACCGACAAAUCGACAAUCCAAAAACCAAGUGGAAUCUAGAUGGAAAAAGUCUGUAGUUCAAAACGUGAGCAGCUUUUACUUCUUUGCCACCUACAGAGUUUGCUACGUACGACCAUUCAACCCCCAUGUUAUUUCCCAUUGACAUUUGACCGACAGAACCAGGAGCCUCGGAGGCGGGACUUAUUCUUUAGAGGUCUAUUGCUAUCAUUGUUUUUGGCCCGAAGUAAAUGAUUGGAUGGCAUACCUGCCUGUUUAGCAGCCUGCGCGCAGACUGCCUGUGCGCUCAUUGCAUACCCUAGCUUUUAUGUCCACAUUGUUAAUACUGUAGAGCCAAUAGCCUUCUAUAGAUGCCACAACUUUCAAUAGAUUAUUAUUGCUCUGAAAAGCAUUCCAUUUUUCGCUAAAUACCCAAAGUAGGGUCAUAGCAAGGGAAAUCACUGUUAUUACUACCUUGUAUGGAGGGACAGAUUGGGAAAAAUGCCCGGAGGGGCAGUUUACUCAGUUCCAAAUGUGCUGCUUGUAAAUGUUCAUGUUAAUAAAACAAAUAAAACGACUUAUUUCAGCAAGACAUUCAGCUUAAAACUUCUCUGUUUUUCAUAUCAAUAUACGACAGAAAUAGAUUACUUUCCAUGUGCAAAUAUGCUGUCCUUCUCUUGAACUGUUAUGGAAUGAUGUUUAUACGGUAACGUUCACCCCACGGUGGUGCAGCGUUGAAUAAAAGUUUACAAAGUCA